AUGGUAUUGAGCGCCCAAGCGCAAAAGCCGGAGCGACUCGAAGCGAAGUCAUCCAACUUUCAAAACAGUAGCGACUCUUCUUCAACAAGUAGCGUCGAGAACGUUGAGCCCGAAAGAGGGCAACCGGAUUCAACACCGCCACCAUUACCAAGUGUUCCACCACCUCAGCUGCUUAACCAACAGUUCGGCUCAUCGAACGACGACGUUCUUGGCAUAACCACACAACGUCACUGGACGACGACAAAAACUGGAAGCAGUAAUAUCAAAAACAGUACAAUGUCAACAAAAGUUGAAACAACCGUGCGCCAGUGGUCCACACCGGUAGAGAAGGUCAUUGAAGGUCAACCGCCGCGUCCUGUUAGUCGUCAUUAA